GGCGCCCGAAAACGCUUCGGAAAAAGGCAUCGGGGGCAGCGCGCGUUCGUGUCGCCCAUUGUUAUCCUCGUCGCGUGUAAUGGCUACCGUAGAGUUUGUUGAUGGUGCUCGGUCUGCUUGUACGCGCAACGGCCUAUCCUGAGCCACGGUACGCGGCAACGUGGCCCAAUCUGACGGAAAUAAAAUCGAGACGAUCUCUACCGCUGAAGUACCGCCAAUUUUAUGCAACCGAGAAACCCGCGCUUCGUAUACCAGUCGCCGCAACCGCCACCGCGCUUGGACGACAUGAUCUGCGCGGGUCAACGUUGCUCAUUAACAAGCGUGUAACUCAAAACUGAUUUCGCGGCAUCCACGGUUGGCAAAUUCUCGUCGGCGUUGUGUUUGGUGUUAAUUUUAACGGGAUCUAACGUAUCGAGAGGCUAUAUCAAAGCACUAAAUUGAUCGCCAUUGAUUUUUCCACCGCGACCACGGCCCUACCGACACGAGGAACUUGUUUCUCGUAUGUUGUAUUGGACGAAAUACGUAAAUCAAGUACCACGAUUGUCAGAAUUAGUGUGACCAGCUGCGCGGUAUUCCGCGCCGCAGUCAUGGCAACUAGAAGAUCAUCCGUUUGGCACUCAGACAUGUAACCCGCGGCGCCUGUGUAGACUAUCACAUGGUCAAAGGCAACACAUCAAUGGCCCUAGAAUCAAAUGGCAACAACGUGGUGUGGUUGAACACAACCCGUCCUGAUCAGAUACAACAGAGCCAACCUAUCGAGCAACCAGUGAAGUGUUCCAUGUUUACUCAAACUGAACAAACUAACAGUUUUACUCAGACGGAGCAGAGUAAUUCUAGUUACGGCGAUCAGAGACAGCAGCAAGCAGCUAUGUUUGAUCCACAACAAAUACAGCAGCAGCAAGCUGCUCAAGGUCAACAAUCGCAGCAACAGCAAUCUCAACAAAUGUAUGUUACAACAGAUAAAAAAGAGGAUAAGUCUCAGCAGCAAUCAGCAACUGCUGACUUCCCUUUCUACUACAAUGUCAACAUGCUUCAAAAGGUUCAAACAAACGCGGUGAGCACGAUUGGUGCGAUCACAACCGACGACAAGGGUUGUUAUCGUUUUGAUGUGCAACCUGUCGGUUAUAACACAUUAUUGAAUCAGAUGAGUAUUGCGGCUGCUACCAAUGCGACCUUCAAAUGUGACAUUUGUGGGUUGGUCUUUGGGCAUAUGAGUUUGCUGAAUCAUCACAAACGGAUUCAUAAUACAACACCUAGUAAUCUUCAGCAACAACCACAGCAAGUUGUUGUGCAAACACCGACAACGGUUACUGUUGCAACUACACCAGAAAGACCAUAUACCUGUGAUGUGUGUGGAGCUUGUUUUGCAUUACCAGGAGAAUUAAAAAGCCAUAAAACAAAUAUGCACCAGAAACCAAAAGUGCAAAUUUGUGAAGAUUGUGGCAGUGAAGAUCCUUGUGAACAUCAUCCUACGAAAAUUAAAAAGACUAUCAAACCUGGUCAUCAUCCUGUGAAACGAAGGGGUGUCACUAGUGUCACUAAGUGCCACAAGUGUAAUGGGACAGGAAUAAUUUUUAUUGGUAAACACGACGAAAAACUAGAUUCUGGAAUCAGUUCCCUCGCAAAGUGUGGCGGCUGCAAGGCAACAGGCCGCAUCAUCAUAGGAAGCGGUAAACAGAACAGUCAAAAUCAGGCAGAGAAGCCGUUUCAUUGCAACGUAUGUGAUGGAACAUUCUCCAGAUAUUCGUCACUUUGGUCCCAUAAGAGACUUCAUUCUGGAGACAAACCUUUCAAGUGUGAAGUUUGUGGCUUAGCUUUUGCAAAAGCUGCUUAUCUAAAAAAUCAUGGACGAGUGCAUACUGGUGAAAAACCAUUUAAAUGUAGUGUUUGUGGUAUGCAGUUCUCACAAAGUCCUCAUUUAAAGAAUCACGAAAGAAUUCAUUCUGGUGAACGUCCUUAUCAGUGUGAAGUAUGCGAAAAAACAUUCGCUAGACAUUCAACACUUUGGAAUCACAGAAGAAUUCAUACCGGUGAAAAACCGUAUAGAUGUAAUAUAUGCGGUUCGGCCUUUAACCAAGCUACACAUCUGAAAAAUCACGCGAAAGUUCAUACCGGUGAAAAACCACAUAGAUGUGAUAUAUGUGAGAUCGGAUUUUCCGAUCGCUUUGCAUUAAAGCGUCAUCGUGCAAUCCAUGAAAAAUACGGUCAAACUGCCCGAAAUCAGAAUGCAAAUAAUCCAAGUAACGCACAGCAAGCGAAUGCGAGUAAUCAGCAGCAACAACAGCAGCAACAGCAGCAACAACCUCAGCAAGCACAGCAAGGUCAACAGGUUGUUGUAGUGAAUGCUACGACUCCUGUUACUGUAAGUCAAGGUCAAGGACAAGCAGUAAUGCUUGAAGAAGUCUACAAGUGCCAGGUGACCUUCCCUGAGCCUAAAUGAUUCAGCUAGAGAAUACCUUUCAGAAGCUGGUAAAGGGGUUAAUUUUUUAACCUUUUUUAAACAAACAAACAAAAAAUAUUAAUUAACACUGACAAUGCGAUAUACGUAUGUGUAAACGUAUACAAAAAAAAAAAAAAAUGCAAACAGAUAUGUGGAUGACAUCGAUGAAGAAGCAAGUCUCCAGAGUGACUGGCAGCAUGCUUUCUGUGCAGAUUUUGUGAGAGGAUUAUUUGGUGACAGAGGGUAUAUCUUAAAUAAAUACGCAUGAAAAAAAAAGGGUACCACUAAAAAAGAAAAAGAAAAAAAGAAUAAGAAAGACUCAGCGAUAGUUUGCGCGAGUGAGUAAUUUUCAUAGAACGUGAUUCGGAAGAGUAACGGCUCGUAUAAAAUCGAAACAUUCUCCCGACCAUCAGUGGUGUGAAAAAAAUUUUUUGUGAAUGAAUAUGAAACGAUAUUAAAAGGGAAAAAUUGAAGAAACGAAAGGAAAAACAGUAAUAAAUCUAUUUUAUAUUUUGUCACUUGAAAUAGACGUAUUACUUAGAAACAUUGACAUUGGAUCAAAUAACAAACUCGUUGAUAAUGACAUUGUUCUAUUGAUUUACGCAUGUUGAAUUACAAAUUAAUUUUUGUUUAUUUUUCUUGUAUUUUCGUGGAUCCCUCGCUCUGAACAAAAUUGAAUGGAAAAAAAAGUUAUAGUGACCGUAAUUAUAUUUAAGUUUCAUGACUCACUGAACGAUUAAAAAAAAAUACAUGUGAUAGCUUUGAGUGGAUCUUGGCUAGGCGGGAAGCGGCAGUAAUCUGAUCGCUAUAAUACUAACGAAUUGUGCAUGUUAUAUAUAUUUGACAGUGGCGUAAGUAAACGUUUCAAAAACGGAUCUAAAAUUAUAUACAAAUAUUAUUAAGUUUAAAAGAGAACGAAAAAAAACUAUUUUAAAAGCCUGAACCUCGGCCCUUGUUUAUUAUAAUUUAAGUGAAAGGAUAAUUAUGAUUAUUGAUUUAUAUUGAUCAUCUUGUUUCUUUUUAACAAUUAAAUUAAAUUAAGCAAAAGAAGUAAAAGAGGAAUUAAAAUUUAAAAAUGAAGAACAUAAACAUAAAUCGUCAUCGAGAACUAUUGUCAUCUUUGCAUGCGUCUUUAUGUUAUGAAACGGAAGUCGUGGUACGGAACGAUAUCGCGAUUUGAGCGAGCCUUCUUCCGUCCAGUCAUUCGGGAUCACAAUAAAAAAAAAAUUAAUUAUUGCGUUAUUGCAAUGACAACGACCACGAUUUAAGAAAAUAAAAGAAGGAAUAUCAAGAUGACAAAAGUAACAUACCACAAAAGAAGAUUUCUAUCUCACACGGAGCUGCAAUAAAUAGUGAAUAUCGACGGGCAGACUAAUCUGUUUUAUAAUUUUAAGGCCGUGAACUAUAAUGGAUAUCAGUUAUUAAAAUAGUUACUAGUUUGUAACGGCAAAAUAGCUGGCUAGGUUAUCUAUACAAUAUAUACAUAAUUAAUUUUUAUAUCCCCAUUUGUUAAAAGCGAUGGCCAAACACCGUCGCUGCGAACUCUUAAAAUAGCAGUGAAUCAGAAAUCGAUUUGGUUGUAAUUCAGAAAAGAAGUAAAAAAGGAGCUCCGACUAAUCGGUAACUUGUGAUACUGGCGAUGAUUAGGAUACCACAUAUGCCAUUUUGAAGUAAAAAAAUACACUGUUCUUCGGACAUCUUCAUCGAUUGCAUCUUUUUU